GUCUGGGGGAGCCAGCGCUGGCUGACAGCUCGGCAGAGCUGCAAGAGAAGGCACCAGAGAGAGAGAGAGACGGGGAGGGCGUGCAGACAGCAUGCAGUGCGAGGCACUGGCUCCAGCUGGCGAGCAAGGCAGGCGCUAGGGUGCAGCGAGACAAGGAGCAGGCACCGGGAGGCAACUGGCUGGGAAAGAAUAGGAAGAAAGAGCCGGCAUUCUUUUGACCAAUUUAUUUUGUAUCGAUCCCCUUCCCCCUGCCCUGGGGGGCUCGUGUGCUGCUGGGCCCCCUGCAUCGCUCCGGUGCAGUGCCGAGCCGGUGUGUAGCACCAGGAGAGACCGGCUUGGCGUUAAUCUCACAGUCCAUUGAUUCAGGAGCCAGCCUGCUUCCUGGCCGGCCGGCCGGCGGAGUGAAACAUCUCAGGGAGGCAGGGCAGUUUUUUGUAAAGGUGCCAAGCCACUUCCAUCAAUUUCCUCGCCUGCUGCUUUGAGGGACCGAGUUAAAAGGGGGCGGACGGGCUGAAGAACCUUCCCCAGCCCUCAGCAAGCAGAAGAUUCUUCCUCCUCCUCUUCUUCCGGACAAUGAAAAUAACCCUGGCUGGCGUUUAGCAUCUGGGAGCAAUUCUUCAGCAGCAGCAGCAGCAGCAUGGGCCAGCAGAGGACCAUGAGGAGCCGUGCGAUCGAGUCCAAGAGGGAGGUGUGUCCCCAGCUAGCCACCAAAGACUCCCUGCUCCUGAAGGAAGCCGGCACCAAGGGCGAGCCUGCCUGGUGCAAGACGCCGAGUGGCCACAUCAAACGGCCCAUGAAUGCCUUCAUGGUGUGGUCGCAGAACGAGAGGCGGAAGAUCAUGGACCAGUGGCCGGACAUGCACAAUGCCGAGAUCUCCAAGCGCCUGGGCAGGAGGUGGCAGCUUCUGCAGGACUCGGAGAAGAUCCCCUUCGUCAAGGAGGCGGAGCGCUUGCGGCUUAAGCACAUGGCUGACUACCCAGACUAUAAAUACCGGCCCAGGAAAAAGGGCAAAAUAGGGGCCAGCAAGUCCCGGCCGAGGCUCCCCGUGAAGAUAAAACCAUCCGUCCUCAGCCGGGUCACCUCCAGCAGAAGGCAGCCUUCCAAGCAUGGCUCCAGCUGCCAGAUGGGAGAGUCCGCACUCAAGAUGGAAGAGGACCUCCUAGAGGUGCGGCUGUCGGAGACGCCCUUUGAGGACUGCCCGAAGGCGCCCGGCAAGGAGUUCUGGCACAUGGUCCCUGCCGCGCGGGCAGCUGGGGAGAAAAGGAGCAAGACAGAUGACUCCGUUGAGUCCUGCCAGCCGAAGGACCCAGAACCCACCGCGCAGCCCUUCCCGGAGCAGGUGAGCUCCCCAGAGAGCGGGUCCCCCUCCCCGAUGUCAACCGCAUCCCCGCCUUCCUCCUUCUCCUCCUCUGACGAAGAGCUGGAGGAAGAGCUCUUGGGUGUCCUGCCCGGGAAAGCCCAGCCGAGUGCAGCCUGCGGACCCCUGGACUGGUCAGUCUUCGACAAAGACCUCGACCUUUUCCCCUUGGGAGUCACCUCUCACUUUGAGUUCCCGGACUAUUGCACUCCGGAGGUGACGGAGAUGAUUGCUGGGGACUGGCUGAUGUCCAGCAUCUCGGACUUGGUCUUUACGUACUGAGUCCCGCGUUCGGCAGGUAACUCUUUUCCACAAUCAGGUCGUAUCAAAAAACAGGAAGAAAAACCAGCUGUUUACAUGCAGGAAUCAGGUAUUUUGCCUUGAACACAUUCAAAGGCAGACACUCCCGAUCACCCCAUCCCCCGCUGCACACACCCACUUCUCCCAGCGCUAGUACGGUCGCCCUGCUCCGGUCCAGAGCCACGGGGGCUGCAGCUCGGUGGCUGGGCUGGGCCAUCACCUUUCAUUCCCGAAGCCUGGGGGAGGACGGGGCUUGACACGGCCUUUAUUUUGCCAUGAAAUGUGACUGUCUAAUCAGGUUUUCAUUGUGAACCUCUCUUCUCCCGUCUCCCCUUCCCCCACCCCUGCUUCCAGCUGCUGCACAGCUCUGCCGCCAUCCAUCCCUCCACUGCUGAGAGACACUCCCCCCACUCCAUCUCGCUUCGACCCCAGAUUUUUCCCUCCUGCCCUCUCUUGCUAGCAGAGGCCACCCACCCCCCCCCAAUGAAUUUUCAUGCCCCUUUCCUCCUUCCCCGCUCCUUUGCAUGUCUGGGAAUCACCGGUUUCCUUGCUUUUAUUUCAGUGCAUUGUCAAACCUGCCUUCGUUUUUCUCCUCUUCCUUCGAACAGCCCUUGGGAAGAGAGCCCAGCCGGGUCCGCCCAUCCCCGGGUUUAUAGGGAUGUCAGGGAGCACAUACAGCUCACGCUCUCCCACCCUUCCGAUACCCAGUUUUAUUGGGGCUCCGGCGGGACAAGCCUCCGUCCCUGCCUAGUUGCAACGGCGCGCGCACGCUCCCCGCAACUCACUUUGGGAAAGAGCGAAGUUGCACGCACGUGAUUUGCACGUGGA